CAAAAGACAUCAGAAUUCGGAUUUGGUGCAAUGGUAAAAACAACGAAAUGGUUGCAUAAAGAUGAAUCGGCAUACAGAAAGUUUUUUCUUGAUACUUUUGAAUGGACAGUACCCGAGGGUGGACUAAAAUGGCCACACAUAGAGUCAACGCGGGGUCAUGAAAACUUUGGAGCGAUGGUUGCUCUGGAUGGAAUGAGAAGUCAUGGAAUAAAGGUGCGAGCUCAUACGAUGUUCUGGGAUAAUGUUCCUGAUUGGGUGGUACCAUUGUCUGGAAAUGAGUUAAAACAUGAAAUGGAAAAACACAUGAAAAGCUGUGUAGCUCACACCAAAGGGAAAGUUGAACAUUGGGAUGUGUAUAAUGAGAAUAUCCACUAUGAUUCAUUUCAACAACAUUUAAAUGAUCCAAAUAUUACAUCAUGGAUGUACACAGAAGUACAUAAACUAGAUCCUAAUGUUAAACUCUUCCUGAAUGAAUGGGGUGUUGUGAACUCUCAAAGAUACACUACGGCAUAUUAUGAUAGAAUAAAGAUUUUGAAAGACUCGGGAGUUCCCGUCUAUGGUAUUGGUAUACAGAGUCAUUUAAGUGGUGUCGACAUUCGAUCGGUUAAGGAAAGAUUGGAUCUAUUGUCCAGGACUGGAUUACCUAUGUGGGCUACUGAACUACGUAUUGCUGAUAUUGAUGAACAUAAGAAAGCUGAUAAACUGGAAGACAUAUUACGAUUUUAUUUCUCCUACCCAGCUAUGGAAGGCAUCAUGCUCUGGGGCUUUACACCACACAUGUCUGAACCCAAGGGGGCUUUGGUAGAUGGCAAUAUGGUGGUAAGUAGUACAGCUGGACGGAGAUACAUUAAACUGGUGCGACAUGAUUGGAGAACCCAUGAGACUCACAACCUCCCCAGUUCUAACAGUUUGUCUGUUCGUGGUUUUAAAGGCGACUAUGUACUGAGGUUAAAGCAUGGAAAAAAAGUUAUACAUGAGAAGGCAUUUACAUUAGGCAGUAAAGGUGCUAAGUUACAGAUACAGGGAUCUGGUAUGUUGCGUUAUAGUUUUGUUUUUGGCAUACACAAUUGCUCGGAAUCUAUAUAG